GUCUGCUAAAAAGCGUUUCAGGAUUUGCCGACAGAAAAGUCGUCUGCGUAAAUCCGUAUAAGAAUCCUUGGAGGAAAGUUUGUGUGUUUUUGGAGCUUCAUCUGAGAACUCAUUCACACGUUAGGUUUAUGACAAUCAUAAAAACAACAGAUUCAGUGUCUGCGUAAAAAUCUCGCAGAACUGUGUUUAUUUUCACUAAUUUCGUGUAAAAAAAACAACAACAACAAACAAACAUGAAAUAUUUAGAUAUUUUCAAAUUAAACAAUAUUAUAUUUAUUUGGUAAUACAUUCGUUAGCAAAAAAAAAUCGGAAUAAGUAAAAAUUCGAAAUGGUAUAUUCCGUUGAAGAAGGAAGAUUCUUAAAGGCAGACGACAAUUUCAGAAGGGUAUCCGACAUUAUGGAAUCAAGUUCGAGUCCGACAAUGUACCCCGACAUGUGGCGUCCGGCGACUCCCGACCGGUCGGAGAUAGCUUCCCGGUCACCGUUACUGCUCAACACCGGAAGCUACACCCCACAGGGAUAUGAUUCCGACAACUUUCCAAACAUUCUCACAUUUUCUCCACAAUAUAAAGAAUUCACAGUAUUCAAAGAAAAACAAAACCAUGACGUGACAGACGCACUUCUUUCAUUGAAGAACGCUGUGGUGCAUCCGUCGUUUGGAAGUCAGUUGUCGCCGCUUUCGCCAACCAUGCAUCUAGGUCCCUUAAACCCCGGCGGCCUGAACAACCACAGUCAGCAAUCUUUGGCAUAUGCGGUGAACCAUGGAGGUCAAGUUCAUCCCAUGAGUUAUUCAGGAAGAGGAAGUCCUCAGUACCCAUCAGUACAUGCGCAGUUGCAUGGAGAACAUAUUAAUACGCAACAACCAAGCAUGUUUCCGGCGAUGAGUGUUAAUGUGUCAAUGAGCAUGAAUGUAGUUCCUCCAAAUUUCGGAAAUAAUGCGUGUAAUCCUGUUCAACAAUGGCAGUCGUCUUCUCAGCAUUACAACAUGGGUCAAGAAUACCAGCAUAGUCCCCAGGAAACGACGUUCCAGUCCCAGUAUAGCCCAUACUCUCAGAGUUAUCACCCUCAACACUAUUCUUUUUCUUCCGAUUUCCGGACGGGAGUUUCCGAGAAUCGUGGGUUUUACUAUAAAAUGGCUGACGACUUCAGGGCAAGUCAGAGAUAUUACUCCCCGACACAAUUCAAGCGCGGAAAAUUCAUCGACGACAAGCCACUUCACCUUGCUCACAGCCCGGAUACAUCCAAAAUUAACUUGUGUCGUAUUUGCGGGAAAACAUAUGCGAGGCCAAGCACGCUAAAAACUCACUUACGCACUCAUUCUGGCGAAAAACCUUACAAAUGUAACGCUUGUAACAAAACAUUUUCACAAGCGGCUAAUCUAACGGCGCACUCACGGACGCACAGUGGAGAGAAACCAUUCCACUGCCCAGUUUGUGACCGCCAUUUUUCCCAGAGUUCCUCAGUAACAACGCACAUGCGCACUCACAGUGGAGAACGCCCCUAUAGGUGUAGAUUGUGCAAGAAAGCUUUUUCUGACAGUUCAACACUGACUAAACAUUUGAGAAUACAUAGUGGAGAAAAACCGUAUCAAUGUAAACUUUGCUUGCUACGUUUCUCUCAGAGUGGGAAUUUAAACAGACAUAUGCGUGUACAUUCAAGCAAUGGUUAACAAGUACAAGUGUAAGCUUACUGUAACAUUACAUGUAUAUUGUGACCAUGCAUAUUUAGACAAACCAGAUUAAUGGCAUUAAAUUUGAUGCGUAUCAGGUCAGUGUUUUUCUCAUUCAAAAUUAUGUACAUUGAAAGUUAAGCAUAUUAACAGUCUCUGUAUCAGUAAGAAUGCACGUGCUUCAUAUAUGAUUUGUGGCUGCUUAGUACUUUGUAAUAAUUUACGCUCAGACGUUGCUAAAUGACAUUGGUUUCAAUUCAACUUUCACAGCUCGUAGUAGCGCG